AUGGACGGCUCUCAGUAUCCGACGAAUGGUAUAAACGGGUCAUCUGGGGCACAGACAUACCCUUCUCCCAGCGACAUCUCCCCGAAUCAACUGCAGACGGGAUCACCACUUCCCCAGACCCUGCCGCCUCUGCAGCCUCCAACUGCGGCCAUGCAGCCUCUCUACGGUAGCCACCCGCACACGCCGCGGACCAGUACUCCCAACACGCCAACCUCGGCGUCCAACCUGCCGAGCUACCAAAACACUUCGCAACCUGCGCCGCGACCCGCCGUUUACUCGAUGGCUCAAAACCCAUAUCCUCCCAACCAAGGCUAUGGCACUUCGGCGCCCAUGAUGCCUCAGACGACCACGGCCGCCUCUCAUGCGCAGCCUAUUGCUCCCGCCCCAGCUGGUGGGCGAGGUCCUCCAGUCCUUCGUCCUAUGCCACCCGGGGGCAUCAUGGCGCAACCCGGCGUCUCCUCGCCUUAUGGACCUGGAUCGAUGAUGCAGCCAAACAAUGUUCUUCACGAGGGCGACCAACCAACCCAUGUUGUAGGAUCCCAGGGUCGCCGAGGAAUUCUGCCCAGCGCACCGGGCCGUCCGGCCGCCCCCACCGCUGGCACUGGCGCAAAGAACAACAUCAUUCCCGUCAAGGAUGCCGACGGCAAGUUCCCUUGCCCACACUGCACCAAGACUUACCUGCACGCGAAGCACUUGAAGCGCCAUCUUCUUCGUCACACUGGCGACCGCCCUUAUAUGUGCGUGCUUUGUCGUGAUACGUUUUCCCGAAGUGACAUCCUGAAGCGCCACUUCCAAAAGUGCUCCAUCCGUCGUGGGAACCCCACGGGAGCGAGCCACUUGUCCCACCCUCAGGCUCACGUUAAGAAGAACACCCAAGCCCAAAAGGCCGCUGGCCUCGGCAACGAGGGAGACAUGCAGCACCUCAAUGGCAUGAACAACAUGCCGGCUGAUGGCAUGGUUCACCCCUUUGGCAUUGUCCCCGUCAACGACGGCAUGAGCAACAUGCCCGGCGACCAGAACCAGCUUUCUCGGUCCAACAGCCACGGCGGCCAUCCCCAAGAUCGUAACAAUAUGGCUCCGAGCAUGGGUGCCCCUCAGCCCUAUGGCGCCAACGUCUCCAACUCGAUGAACAACCAGCAGAUGCCCAGCUACAGCAUGCCCCCGGGUCAGAACGGAAUGCCCAUGUAUGGUGGAUCUAACGGGAACCAACAAUCUGGCCUAGAUUGGUCUCAGAUGUUCCAGUCUGGUGCGCAUCAACCCCUCAACAGCAAUCUCUUUCAUCCUCCUAAUCGUGGGCAGACGCAGAUCGCAACCAAAACCGGGCCUAAUCACGAUUCGGGGGCGGCGGAUUGCAGCUCCAGCGAUCCCGUCCGCUACUCCUUGUGGGGCUUAUCGCCGAAUACCCAAACUUCCUCCUCUCAACUUUCCAACCAGAUUCUAAACUUCCUGUACCCUCCGAACGAGGCGAUUGACCCUACACUCACGGGCAUGAACCCCUACUUUUCUCCUGACAAUACUAAAGAUUUCAUUGAUCAGUACCCCCACUUCCACAAGCAUGUCCCGCUAGUCCACCCGAGCACGUUGCAGAUACUGGAGGCGCAUCCCGGGCUGACGGCGUGCAUGUGCUGCAUUGGCGCGUGCUACUCGAAGCGUGUCGUGCUUUCAGACGUCCGGGACAUGAUGGAGGCUCUUUGGACCGCCAUGGAGCGUGACUACCACAUCCUUUCCGAAGAGAGCUUGCAAGACGGGCACGUCGCCCAAGUCUGCGAAUCCAGCGUCGAAGAACUCCAGGCAGUCCUGCUGACAAGCAUUCUUCAUCUGGGUAACGGAACUUGGCAACAGAAGCAGCGUGCCCUGCACAAAUGGCCCAUGGUUGCGGCGCAGGCCCGCCGUUUGGGCUUGCUUGUCCUAUCCGGGGAUGCGUCGGCUUACUCUGUGACGCGUCCGCGUCGUUGGAAACCCGGCUCGCGCGAGACAAUGCCGGCCGAGUUUGACUGGGUGGCGUGGAUCGGCCAGGAAAAACGCGUUCGCUUGAUGCACGCUCUUCUCGCAUACGACGCCAUUUCCGAGUCUGUUUUUGGCUGUCCAGCCCAGUUCGACCCAUCGGAAGCCUACAUACCACUCCCCUGCGAUGACGCUGCCUGGAACGCCAGAAGCAGGGACGAAUGUCGUCGCGCCCUCGGGCUGAUCCAGGAACGUUCGUCUACCGCCCCCCUGUUCUCGGGUGCAAUGCAUCGCGUGGCCGGACCGGAAUUCCAAGCCGCCCGCCACGUGCUCUUUGAUCGCGGCGUUGAGCUCAAACCAGGCAGCAUCAAUGUUCUCGGCAAAAUAGUGCUAGGCAUCACCCUCAUCGCGACCAUCCAACAAGCAUUCAAGACGGGCAACGUAAACUUGACACUCUCGGGGGGUGAGCUGAUGUCCUUGGACUGGGUCGUGCCCAUGCAAGGCGACAACCCCUGGACAUGCCCGCCAAUGCCGCCGCAGGCGAGGCUCAAUUUGGACUCUGAAACGGCGUCCUUGCUGCUGUCUGCAGUAGACAAGCUGCAGAGGAGUUGGCAUCAAGACAUGGCAGCAGGCAUCCCCUACGAUGGGAAGAGCGAUGCAGUGGUUCGGAACGGCUUGACGCUGCCUGCGAUGGCGCAUUACUUGCUGUCAAGGGCUCCGUGUGCAGAUUCGGAAACGAACAACAAGGCUCGGGCUGGCGGCAUGUGCAAUGCCUGGCACUUUGUAUGGGGGAAAAUAUCAGAACUCGGAUCCAACAACAACAACAACAACUGCAACAACAACAACAACAUUGGAGAUUUAUCAUGUGAAGUACAGGAAGCCAACAAACACGUUGGCGAUGAGGAAUGGAACUUUGAAUUGGCAGGAAUUUUUGGCUCAGUCCCACAUGAGUCGGAUGGCGCUGGAACAGCUUGA